AUACAGAGUUUUUGCGCAUUUAAAGAGACAAGUGGGGGCCCCCCAAAAGGCCCUUCUGAGGGGCCCCUCAGGAGACACCCAAGUGACCCUUUGGUGCAGCAACGACUACUUGGGCAUGAGCCAGCACCCCCGCGUCAUAAAGGCCGCCCAAGAGGCGCUCGAGCGCAGCGGCGCCGGCAGCGGCGGCACCCGCAACAUUUCCGGCUCCAACGUUUACCACCAAACCCUCGAACAAGAAAUCGCGGAUUGGCACGGGAAACAGGCGGCGCUGCUCUUCUCCUCCGGCUUCGCCGCCAACCAGGGCGCCCUCAGCUGCCUCGCCGAACUCUUCCCCGACUUGGUGUACUUGUCGGACUUCGAAAACCACUUUUCGAUGCGGCUGGGGAUGAAGCUGGCGGGCGCGCAGCGGCUGGUCUUCCACCACAACAACCCCACCCACCUGCGCGCGCUGCUGCAGGCGCUGCCGCCCCGCAAACCCCGAAUUGUGGUUUUGGAGAGUCUCUACUCCAUGGACGGCUCCAUCGCGCCGCUGCAUGCCAUUUGCAAAACUGCCAAAACUCACAACGCCCUUCUUUACCUCGACGAGGUCCACGCCGUCGGCAUGUACGGCCCUUCCGGCGCCGGCGUCGCGCAGCAGCUCGGCUGCGCCCACCUCGUCGACCUCCUCAACGGGACGCUGGCGAAGGCCGUGGGCGUGUUCGGAGGUUAUGUGGCGGGAAACAAAAACCUCAUUGACUGCAUCAGGUCCUACGCAGGCAGCUUCAUCUUCACCUCCUCGCUGCCGCCACCCGUCACUGCUGCAGCAACAGAGUCCAUCAGAUACCUCAAGAAGUCCAACACGGAGCGCUACCUGCAGCAAGUGCGGGCCUGCCAGCUGAAGGCUUUGCUGCUGCUGCACAAUCUCCCGCUGCUGUUUAAUGCUUCCCACAUUUUGCCCCUUUUCGUCGGAGACCCCGUCAAGUGCAAACAAGCCACGGACUUGCUGCUCCACGAACACAAAGUGUACAUCCAGCCAAUAAACUUCCCCACAGUGCCGCGGGGCUCGGAGCGGCUGCGGCUGACUCCAAGUCCCCACCACAGCGAAGAAGAUUUGCUGCAGCUUGUUGCUGCUCUUGCUGCAGUUUGGAGACAGCUGCAGCUGCCCACGGCCACCGACUGCCUCAAAAGGGGACUGUCUCUAAACCGCAGCGGCAGGCAGCUGCAGCAGCUCCUCGACCUCCUCCAGCAGCAAAUGCUCUUCCUCCAGAAGCAGGCAGCAGCAGACAGCAGCAGCAGCAGCAGCAGCAGCAAGAAGGAGCCCUGUCCCUUCGGCGUCGCCGCGGCGGACCAGUGGAACGCGCAGUGCAGCAGCAGCAGCAGCAGCAGCAGCAGCAGCAGCAGCGGCGGCGACUGGCAGGAGGCGCUGGACCAGGAGAGGGCGGAGCAGCUGGUGCGGCAGCAGGAGGCGCUGCAGCAGGACUUGCUGCAGCGGGACUUGCUGCAGCGGGGCUUGCUGCAGCAGCAGCUGAUGCAGCAGGAAAAGCUGCUGCAGCAGCAGCUGCUCUGCUCCCAAUUCUUCUUCACAGAUAGCUGCAUCGGGCCAAAUUCUAUCAACAGCAGCAACGACGCAGCUGCAGCAGCAGCAGCUGCUGCUGCUGCAGCAACCGCAGCAGCAGCACAGAGAAGAAGCAACCUUAAGGAAACGGCGCCCCCCUUGUAA